CAGAUAUAUGUUUAUAUGAUAAACAUCAAUUUCUUUCAUGGAAUUUUUAACACUUCUCAAUACAAUGAAUGGGAAACCCUAUUUUUACGUUUGGGGUCAAAGGUUUCACGGAACGCGAAGUCUCUAAGUUCAAAGUUCAGGAAGUCGAUCAACAACUUACCGGGUACAACACAUACAGGUCUGUGCGACCAAAGUGCGACCUUGCAGAUUGAAUUUCACAUGCUGUUACAACAUAGACAAUAGAUAGAGAACAGAAAUGAAGAGAAAGUUGGAUUGUUCAGUGGUUUUUCUAGUGAUUGUGGGGAUGUCAUCAAUAGUGGGAGGAGCUAAAGAUGACAGGAAGAACAUAGUCUUUGUUAUCUGUGACUCAAUGGAUGGCAGAUUGAUAGGACAAGGCAAGGACAGUAUAGUGGAUCUACCCAACCUGAACUACAUGGUCCAGAAUGGUGUCAACUUCAAAAACACGUACACCAACUCACCUAUAUGCUGUCCUUCCAGAUCAGCAUUAUGGAGCGGUCUCCACACUCAUGUGACACAGUCAUGGAACAACUACAAGGGGCUACCUAGAAACUACCCCACCUGGCAGGUCAGACUGGAACAGCAGGGAUACCACACUCAGGUGUAUGGUAAAACCGAUUAUGUCUCAGGCCACCAUACAGAAAGCAAUCGAGUUGAAGCAUGGACAAGGAAUGUGAACUUUACCCUGGCACAAGAGGGUAGGCCCACACCAGUGCUUGUGGGUGACUCUUCAACAGUGAGAAUCCAGGUAAAAGACUGGGUUAGCACAGACUUGGCAUCAAAAUGGCUGCUCCAUGAUGCACCCAAACAGCAGAAACCAUGGCUGUUGUACCUCGGUCUGAACCUCCCCCACCCUUACCCAACCCCAUCCAUGGGAAAAAACUUUGGCGGCUCAACCUUCAUGACUUCACCCUAUUGGCUGGAGAAGGUCAACAGUUCAAAGGUCACCAUUCCUAAAUGGCUGCCAUUGUCCCAGAUGCACCCUGUUGACUACUAUUCCUCAGCGACCAAGAACUGCACCAGUGACUUCACAAGGGACGACAUCAUGAAGAUUAGGGAGUACUAUUACGGGAUGUGUGCUGAAACAGAUGCAAUGCUGGGGCAAGUGUUGGAUGCCCUGAAAACAUCAGGACAAGCCGACUCUACCUACGUGUUCUUCACCUCUGACCACGGGGAACUCGCCAUGGAGCAUCGUCAGUUCUACAAGAUGUCCAUGUACGAGGCCAGUGCUCACGUCCCCAUGGUCCUCACAGGUCCAGACGUGCCGGCUGGGAAGGUGGUGGACGACCUCACAUCGCUUGUUGAUGUGUUUCCCACAUUUAUGGAUAUAGCUAAUGCUUCCAAGCCCCCUGGACUCAACGGUACAAGUCUCCUGCCCCUGCUGAAGGACAACACUGACAGACCUGACUGGGUGCUGAGUCAGUACCAUGGCUGUAAUGUGAACAUGUCCACUUACAUGCUGAGGACAGGCAGUCUGAAGUAUGUAGCAUUUGGUGAUGGACCACAUCAAGUGUCUCCACAGUUAUUUGAUUUGGAGGAGGAUCCAGAUGAACUCCAUAAUCUUGCCGAAGACAGGCCAGAUCUGGUCUCACAACUGGACAAAAAACUGCAGGAGCUGGUAGAUUAUCCAACUGUCACCAGGGAAGUGCAGAAAUACAACAGGGAGUCCUUUACCGCGUGGAAAGCGAAGCUUGGUUCACGGUACAAAGAAGAGAUCGCAAACCUGAGGUGGUGGAAGGACUGGCAGAAAGACCCGCAAGGAAAUGAAGAAAACGUUGAAGAGUGGUUAAACCAGCUACUUAGCUAGAAAGCUUCUUGUAAUGGCUUAGUGGGUAGAGUGCUGACUUGCCAUGGGGUCAUAACAUUAAUAAUGUGCCUGGACUGAGUUCAAUGGUUUUAUACAAUAUGCAGUAAUAGAUCUAUUCAAAUGUCUUCAUUUACUUGUUAUGCAUGUAAAUAUUCUGAGAAUGACAUUGGCUACAGUGUAAUAUAAUAAACUGAUUAACAUCCAAUGCCAGUCCCGUGUGUGUGUGUGUGUGGGUCUACCGAAGCACCUUUCCGACAUGUUGGAAGCUGUACAACAUCGCUGUCUGAGGAUCAUCGGAAUUCCUAAGGACGCUCUGCCUUCGCUGUCCAGUAGGCGUGACACAGCCACACUGAGAACAUUACAGAACAUUCUUCAGGACAGCAGUUUUCCCCUGAAUGAGUCAAUAUGUUGUCAAAUAUUGGCUCAAUUCAUGUUCUGAAGUUUUAACAUGUCAUGCCAAUAUGAAUAAAGCUGAAUUUGAAUGCCUUUGUGCUUUAUCAUCACUAAAGGAGUAUAGUGCAGGCAAAAUACAUUUCAUCAUGAUAACAUUGGGAUAAGCAGCCAACUUACCUGAGAUUAAUUGUUGUCAUUACAAUAAAUAUCCUAUUAUUCUAAGCAGGAUGCAUACUGGAUGGAUGGAGUGUUUGUACUUGUUUUUAAAACAUAGAACCUGUUUACAUUCUAAAACAGCCUCUAGGCAUGAAGUUCUGCCAUUUUCCCUUCAAUGCAUGUGGCAAUGGAUU